AUGAGCAUCGCUGACGCGCGCCAUCUGAAUCAAACGACCCCUUAUGCCAUGUACCAGGAGCCGCUAGGGAAAGCGGCUGUUGUCCUAGGCGAUGCCCUCCACCCCAAGCCACUAUUUGCUCCGUACUACGCUCUGGUUCGUCCAGCCUUGACGCGCGCAGCUUGCAGCUUUGCUGGCGGCUCGCUUUAA